AUGACAAUCGAAUUGGAAGUAGAACUAGAGCCACAGUGCCGACAGGUGGCUUUAGAUGCACCAUCAUCCGACCUCUCGACGUUGACACCCGAUGAGAUCCUCAAGAAGAAGGCAGUGGAUAGCCGUAAUAAUACGGGGCGGGAUGUAUUGGAAGAAGAAAAGCAAAUACCUUCACCCCACGGUGAUGGUCAAACAAUACGCCUUGUCAUCACAAGACCUGUUAACUCCGAGAACGAAAUGCUACCAGUGAUCAUUUAUCUGCAUGGAGGUGGUUGGGUAUUCGGCAAUGCUCAAACUCACAAGCGUGUGCGAACCGAGUUAACCGCCCGUGCACAUGCUGCUGUGGUCUUUGUGGAAUACACAUUAAGCCCUAAAGCACGAUACCCAACAGCACUAGAAGAAUGCUUUGCUGCACUCAAAUGGACGAUCGAUCAUGGCUCAACAAUGAUGAUCGACGCGUCCAAGUUGGCAGUUGUGGGUGAUUCAGCUGGUGGCAACUUGACAGCAACGGUAUCCUUGCUUGCCAAACGUCGAGGGCUUGGUAAUGCUAUCAAAUACUGUGUCCUUUAUUACCCUACGGUUGAUGCCGAUUUUGACCGCCCAUCGUAUCAACAAUUUCGUGAGCAUUACGACCUAACAGCAAAUGAGAUGAAAUUUUUCUGGAAUCAUUACCUACCAGAUGCGUCCAAGCGACAAGAUCCUUUGGCAUCACCGAUCCAUGCUUCUUUAGAAGAACUCUCAGGCCUACCACCCACCAUGGUUAUUAGUGCCGAAGCGGAUGUGUUGCGAGAUGAGGCAGAGGACUAUGCAAGACGAUUAAUGGCAGCCCAUGUACCAGUAGUGGCGAUGCGCUAUCAGGGGACUAUCCAUGGAUUUGCUACGUUUGAUACUAUGACGCCAUCAGGAAAGGCUCUUCUUAAUCAUACGGUUGCUCAAUUGAAGGAGGCAUGGUCAUAA